AUGGAGACAGUUGAUAUGGUACUACUUGGUGCUGAAGGUGUCAUGGAAACUGGUGGCAUUAUAAAUAAGAUUGGAACUCUUCCGAUCGCUGUCUGUGCCAAAGCAAUGCAUAAGCCGGUUUUUGCUGUGGCUGAAAGUAUUAAAUUUGUUAAAGAAUACCCGUUAACUCAAAGUGAUAUUCCAGCAGAAUUCAAGUACAGUGCGUCGACGCUAAAGAAGCACGUCGCGGAUGGCGAUUAUUCAGAGGAACAUCCACUUGUGGACUAUACACCUCCACAGUACAUUAACUUACUCGUUACCGAUCUAGGUAUUUUGACACCAGCCGCUGUUGGCGAUGAGCUUCUCAAGCUUUAUGUAUGA